UCAUUCAUUGAGUUCGCGAAAGUUUGUACCGUUUUACGCCGUCUUUGUUCGAUUAUUCCGCGACUAUUUUUGUGUUGUUUUCUAUUUAUUUAAAUUUUUCUCGAACAUGAUUGCGGAUUCGCGAUAAAAAUGUGAUUGUUGUGUAUUUGCAAAUAUAUCUUCUAAUUUUAUUCAAGAGUUUCAUCUUAUCGAUUUUUACUACAUUUAUGCACAGCAAGAUUGUUCCGUUCCUUAUACAAACUGUAAUCUUUACAUCGAACUCGCUGGCGGGAAAGAUCUAACCUCUGAGUCUUUGAUAUUAAUUCUGAACAUAUUUAAAGAUCAAGAUGGCUGAACGAUUAGAAGACCUGAACCUGCCCAAUGCAGUUGUGACAAGAAUCGUCAAGGAAGCUUUACCAGACGGAGUGACAGUUGGAAAAGACGCUAGAACAGCAGUUGCAAAGGCUGCAUCUAUUUUUAUACUCUAUCUCACAUCAUCUGCUAAUAUAUUAGCCAAGAAAGGCAAUCGCAAGACCAUCAGUGGACAAGAUGUGAUCCAAGCGAUGAUGGAUAUUGAAUUUGAUCAAUUUGUUGAUCCACUACAAGAAUCUUUGGAGAAUUUUAGAAAAGUUCAGAAAGAGAAAAAAGAUGCAACAUCAAAGAAAAAGCAACAAAAGAAAGAUGAAGACGAUGUGAAUGGUGAAGAUGAAGAAGCAGGAAGAGAAAUUACAGUUUUCUAAGAAAUAUAUUUAUUAUAUUGUUUAUAAUAAAUAUUGUUAGUUUAU